AGUUUGUGAUCGCCAUUCAAGCUAACCGGAAGGAAAUAAAAAUCUCUCUGCGUGGACUAAAAGCCGCCAUCGUGAAAAAAAAUCCGUUAAUUAGUGAAGAUUUUCAUUUAAAGGAAUUUCCAGUGAAAUGUGGUGAAGGGAAUGGAUUUUUCUUUCAAACUGAAAGGAAACGUGAAAAGUGAGCCUUGUGAGAGAAAAACAGUGUGAAAAUGUGGAUUGAUCGUGCGAAGGAGUUUCUGUGGAUUAUUCUCCUUGUCGCAACCAUUCAUAACGUUAACGGCCAGUACUUUGACUGCGAGCAACCACCUCCCGUUGAGCAUGCAUCCUCAACGCUCUCCGUGGACGAUGCUGAGGAUAGUGUAGCUGCCAGGUACACGUGUGAUUCCGGAUUUGAGCUGCAGGGCCAGCCAGAUCUCUUCUGCGACCUCGACACGGACGAAUGGCAGGGGCAGCUCCCCACCUGUCGACCAUCUGAUGAUGCCAGGGCGUCUGAAGGGGCCACGGGCGACCACCAGCAGCAGAGGAAGCGACUCCGUAACCAGAACAUCCAAGAGGAGACCGCAGUCGAUGAUGAUUUAGCGAGUCAGCUUGACCUUUCGUGCAUGGGAGGUCAGAGCGCCGUCAAGCCGCCCAAUAUUGAGAAUGCGUACGUCGUGAAGUUCAACAGACGAAGAAAGGGCGACAACAUCUUCCUAGUAGCUUUCUACGAAUGCGAAGACUACCACGAGUUGAAGGAUCCCCACGUGGAUAGGAUGUACUGCAGUCGUCAGGCGUGGGUGGGCACAAAGCCAGAGUGCGUCUAUGUUGAGGACGGCGAAGACGGUGAAGACGAAGAUUACGAUGAUACGAGGUACGAUGAUGAAAUUAGUCAGGAGAUUCAUUCAAAUGAAGCAAUUCAUCCUGAGGAUGUGGUGGAGGAGGGUGAGGAGGAGGAGUAUGACUAUGAGCAUGAAAAUCAGGAGAUUCCUGAGGAAGUGCAGCCACCUGAACAACAUGAAGUGGUCACUGAGAGUCACAGAAUUGAGGAGGAAACUCCAUCUCCGUCCACAGCAGCUCCCACCACUGAACAACCAGCCCCUACUGAGCCACCCUACAUUGAGCCAACAACACCCUUUGAUCCCAGUUGUGGGCCAGAUCGUGGAGGAUGCGAUCAUGAGUGCCGAAGGGUGCGGCUGGAUCAUGGGCACGAGAGCCACGUGGAGUGUUCCUGCUUCCCGGGCUAUGAGCUGAACGUCCGCGAUGGGCGCACCUGCAACGAUAUCGACGAAUGUGCCAUCCGGAAUGGAGGUUGUGAGCAGCAUUGUCGGAAUGUUGCUGGAUCUUUUGAGUGCUUCUGCGAGGAGGGUCUGCAGAUUGAUACGGCAAAUGGAAGAUCAUGCAUUGACAUUAAUGAAUGCCUGGAUGAAACGAUAGCCGCUCAGUGCCCGUAUGGAUGUGAAAAUGUCCAUGGUUCCUAUCGUUGUCUGGAACCGCCAACAACAACGACAACAGAAGCUCCAUCUUUGCCUGUUUCUGUGUCUCCUGAAUAUGAGGAGAAGCCGCAGGAGGGUGAAGAUCCUCUUCGUGGAGAUCACAGAAGGGAAGAAGAUGAAUACGAAGGUCCCGAUGAGGAUGAUAUUUACGGAGAGUACGAAGAAAGGAACAAUGAAGUUGAAGGAGUUCACCCAGAACAGGCUCCACCGCAGGAACAUGCCUGUCCUGAAGGUUUCAAUAGGAAUCACCAAGGAGAAUGCGAAGACAUCAAUGAAUGUGAGGAUCCACACCAGGGGGGUCGUUGUCCAUACGGUUGUGUAAACGUAGAGGGGAGCUACUACUGCGCUGAUCCUCCACCUCCAACAACUACUGAAGCAGUAGCUCCAGUUGUUGAAGCAUCAGAAGCUUCUGAGGUUACAUCUGAGCAACCAACUCCUGCUCCACCAUCACCGUGCGGAGAUGGUUUCAGGAGGAAUUCAGAUGGAUACUGUGAAGACAUCGAUGAGUGUCAGGAGUCACACACAGGUUGUGAUUUCUGCAAAAACGUUCACGGAGGGUUUGAAUGUUACUGCCCACCUGGGUAUGAGAUGGGAGCAGACGAGAAGACCUGCAACGACAUCAACGAGUGCGAAAUCUACGGACAAGGAAGUGAAGGAUCUUCCGUUCUCUGCUCGCAUCUCUGUGAAAAUACUCCCGGAUCCUUUGCUUGUCUGUGUCCUGAAGAUUAUCACCUUGACUACGAUAGAAGGACAUGUGUGAAGGACUCCUGUGCAGAUCUCGCAGCUUCAGGGAAAACUUUAUGUUCUCACAGUUGCAUCGACAAUGGUGAUGGGCAUUACACCUGCCAAUGUCCUCCUGGAUUCUCCCUGAGUGGUGACCAGAAAACUUGUAUUGAGACAGUUGAUCCCUGUUCUGGGCACGCAGCUUGUCAUCCUGGACGUUGUUUCCCUGUUGAAGAUUACUCAGGAAGUCACUCCUUCCGGUGUGAUUGCCCCGCAGGAUACACAGAGAAGCAUCAGAGGUGUUUGGAUGUUGAUGAAUGUGCUUCAGGGAGUGUUUCCUGCACACACGGAUGCAGGAAUACUGAAGGUGGGUAUCAGUGUGUCUGCCCUGCUGGAUUUGAACUUGCAGAAGAUGGGGCAACCUGUUUGGAUCAGGAUGAAUGCUUAGGAGAGAAUCCUUGUGGAUCCCUGCGCUGUGUUAAUACUCUCGGAAGCUACAAAUGUGUUUGUCCUGAAGGUCAGGAGCUUCAUUCUGAUGGCUUAACUUGUACUUCCGCUGAUCCCUGUGCUCAGGAUAACGGAGGUUGUUCACAUCAGUGCAAUUCUCACUCCGGCGUUAUCUUUUGCUCCUGCCCAGGUGGCUUUGAAUUGGGAUCUGAUGGUAAAACUUGCCGGGAUGUGGAUGAGUGUGCAUCACCAACACGCGGAGGAUGUGAUUCAUCCAAUGGAGCCUGUGUUAACUCUGCAGGAUCAUACAGCUGCCUCUGUCGUCCUGGGUUUGAACUCUCAGCCGACAAUCACACCUGCCGAUCACUUAAUCCUUGCGAUUCGGCUGGUUGUGGUCAUUACUGCGAUGUGAACGAUCGUGGAGAACCUACCUGUUCCUGCAGGAUUGGCUUCAAGCUCGAUCGCGAUAGGAAGUCUUGUUUAGAAAUAAGAGACCUCUGUCCACCAAUUAAGGCUCCUCAGUAUGGAGAAAUGCGCUGCUCUCGUUCACGCCAUCCUACGCAAUAUUUCUACCGCACUCGUUGCAGUAUUUGGUGCCAGAAGGGCUACAAACUCGAUGGGGCGUCUGUUCGUACGUGCAAUGGAACCGGCAUGUGGGAUGCUGAAGAACCAACCUGUGUUCCGCGUGCCUGUCCACGACUUCCACGACCACAAUUCGGCACAAUCUUCCCAACGUCUUGCAUGCUAAACGGCUCUGCAACAGGAGAUCGUUGCCUCAUACACUGCUUCCCAGGAUUCAAGCCAGCCGGGAAGCGUUCAGCACUGUGUGAUGCACAACAGAACUGGACUCCUAGUGGGGAAUUAACGUGCGUUUCAGCUCUGGAAGCUGAGAAUCGCGUUGAAAUUGUUCGGCCUUUUAUCCGGUGCCCCGAAGAUGUGACUGUUGUGGCUCCAAAAGGUCAAACUGCCUUCAAUAUUCGUCUCCAGAGACCACAGACUAACGUUGACUGGUGGAAGUACGUUGAUACGCAUCCAGAAUGGGCAAAACACCUCGAGGGAACAGUUCCACUUGGUGUUACGGAAAUUACUUUCAGAGCACGUAGUCCAAAUGCAAACCUCAAUGAGAUCUGUCGUAUGAAGGUUACCGUGAAGGAGCAGCAGCCGCCAGAAGUAACUUUCUGCCCUGAAAGUAUUGCAGUUCAGCUUGAGGAGGGAGAAACCUUCAAGGCUGUCUUUUGGAAAGAGCCUACAUUUUCCUCCCACAGCCACCUAAAGCAGAUCUAUAAGUCCAGACAACCAGGAGAGAGAUUUGCUCCUGGUGUUCACUUUGUCACGUACGUUGCAACUGAUUUUGAAGGCAUGAGCUCCAAGUGCAGCUUCAGAAUUGUUGUAAAAGAGCCUGUCUCAGAAGCCCCGAAGGCAGUUCAGUUCAUCCCAUCUGAGAGAACUUCAAAGCUUCUGGACAAUCAUGAGUCUUUCCUGGUUUGCCCAGGGAAGGCUGCGGUGAGAAUUGAUACAAACUACCCCCUACACCUCCCACCUGGAUGCUACGUCAAGAAUAUCCUCAUUCGCUACAAUGUCCACCGGAAGCCGCAGCAGCUACAGGGGGCAACGCAGCAGCAGCAGUUGCCGCAGCAACAGCUGCCACAGCAGCAGCUACCGCAGCAACCAAUACCGCAGAGGAUCCCAGUUAGGCGGUACCACGUGCCAGGGAUCGGCGUGUGGCCCCAUCAAAUACAAAGUCCUUUCCGGCACUACCAUCGCUGGGCUUUUCCUCACACCCAUUUCCAGCAUGGAAGAUGGAAUUGAGGGGCAAAUAUUCUUGAGAUAAAGCUUCUGCUGGCAAAAAUAUCUACCUCCGCAAUGAGUUCUCAUUGAUAUUGCAUUUUACAAUGAAUUUAUCUUUUUUUUUGGCAAUUACGCGCACACUCUUAGCCAUGUUUUUAUUACUAUAUAUACGAAUAUAUCCUUAACUCACGAGUUCUUCUUUUGCAGCAGGUGCCACAUCAUACCUUAUCUAAUUAAUCUAUAUUUCUAUCAUUUAUUUUAGUAGUUAAAUUUCUUUUAUCUCUAAUUUGGGGAGGAAGAAAAAAGAAACUAAAAAAAAGAGCAAAAUACUCAUUUUUUUUUCAUCUUAUUGGAGUUGAAAAUUUCUUCUUUUCUUCAUUUUUUUCUUCAUUUAUUUUCUCUCUCUGUGAAAGAAGGGAUAUGAAUUUGUGAAUAAAAGUUACUAAUGAAUGAUA